CUCGUAUCUCGACUAUAUUUUUAGGAUCAUUGUACGGAUGCGUGUCAACUGGAAAUAUCGUCAAUUGUUUGUUGGAUUUAUAAUCAAGUGAAUUAACUUCUUCAUGAGUCUGGAGAUUCAUUGACAUUAUCAUUGACAUUGAAGAACUGUUAAUAUUUAACUAAACUGUCACAAAUAAUAAUUAUGUAUUGAUUGCGUGAAGUGCAUGUAUUUUUGAACUAAAAUUGUAGCAAGUAGAUAAAUAAAAUAUAAUGAAUUAAAGAAAUAAUCUUAAUAUCCGGUUAUGAUUAUUCACAAACAAAAGAAUGUGACAAAAGAAAUAUACCGAUAGUGUCAACAAAUAUAAUUUCUUGUAUUUAUCGAUAACUUAUCGAUUUAGUCAUGAAUAUACCUAUAAAUUCAACUACUAAUUUGAUUUCAAACUUAGACUUAAAUGAUACUGAUGACAUGUACAGAUGUGGUGCUGGAUGGGAUACUUUUCAUCAAGAAUACAUCAAAUUUCAUGGAUGGGCUAGUUUAUUAGUUUGUACCUUUGGUUCGAUAGCAAAUACAUUAAAUAUUGCAGUUUUAACUCGUCAUGAAAUGAAUUCACCGACUAAUGCCAUUUUGACCGGAUUAGCAGUUGCAGAUUUAUUGGUAAUGCUGGAGUAUAUUCCAUACGCAAGUCACAUGUAUUUAUACCACAGAUCACGUCGAGAUACGUAUACAUAUGGUUGGGCAGUAUUUGUCUUAAUUCAUUCGAUUUUCACACAAAUCUGUCACACAGUUUCUAUUUGGCUGACAGUUACUUUGGCAAUCUGGAGAUACAUAGCAGUAGCACAUCCUCAAAGAAAUCGUGAAUGGUGUAGUUACACAAGAACAGUUGUUGCUAUAAUUGGAGCUUGGAUAAUUUGUCCAUUAAUCUGCCUUCCACUUUAUUUUACAACUGAAGUGACACCCAAAGAUGAAGUAUUUACGUUACAUGGAAAUCUACCGAUUGCAAAUUCUACCGAACCACUUAUUAAUGGAACAGUUUGGUUCGUUAAUUUAAGUAAAACUAUGAAAGCUAACGAUCUGCUCAAUUUACUUAAUUUUUGUACGUACAGCGUAGUGAUUAAAUUAAUACCUUGCGUAGCUUUGACAAUUUUAAGUUUACGUCUCAUCAUGGCACUCAUGGACACGAAGAAGAGAAGAAAAUUACUUACAACUACGUUCCUAGUAGAAGAUUCUAAUGAUCGAGCUCAAGAUCAUGUAUAUAAAAUAAGAAGAAGUAGAAAAAAAUCAGCUAGAAUGUUAGAUAAAGAAAAACAGACUGAUCGAACUACAAAAAUGUUAUUGGCGGUGUUACUGCUGUUUUUGCUGACUGAGUUCCCACAAGGUGUUCUUGGACUACUCAGCGUGAUACUGGGUACUGAGUUCUUCAGAACUUGCUACGUAAAACUUGGUGAACUUAUGGAUAUCUUGGCUUUAAUAAACUCAGCGAUAAAUUUUAUUCUAUAUUGUGCCAUGAGCCGCCAAUUUCGAACGACGUUCAAUCAGUUAUUUUGUAGACGAAAAUUAUUUGGAAGAUGGAUGCCUGUUCCUCAACAACAAAACAAUAAUGGACACACUGUUGCCGCUCACACUGUUACUCAAAUUACGCAAGUCUAGCGUAUUCAAAGCUGUUUGUCAUGUUAGAAUUUGUUGUGAUUCAUCGCGUUGCUAAAAAUCACAAUAUUAUCAACUUCAUCUGAAUAUGAUUCCAAUUAUCAACCACCAGUAAUAAAAUUCAGUAAAUUGAGUAACAGCUACUUAUUGAUUUAAAAUGGAUUACAAUGAACGAUCGCAAUUUAUAAAUAUAUUUAUUAUGGUAAAUCGUGUGUAGACUUUAAAAUUCUGUUCUGCGAACUGAUAAUUUCAAUGAAUAACUAUCUUAAAUCCUCAUUCCAUUUUUUGGAAUUUCAAUUUAUUUCAUAAUUAUACAUGCAUUUUAAUAAUUUACUAUUCUUGCCAAUGAUUCUACAAAAGAUGUGUAUUUCGUGGAGAACCAGGCAAUAAAAUAUGGAUUGUCGAAUAAUUUGUCCAGCUGCUAAACUAAAUUUUGCUGUUUAACGAGAUGGACCGUUAAUACAAAGGAAAAUUGAAAUAUAUAUUCUAUGUAAUAUAAUCAAAGAACCAACCAUUGGAGUUUUUAAAAUAAAUAAGAAUGCACUAAAAUUAACUUCAUAUACGUAAUAU